AUGGACGCUCACACUCCUCUGCUCAACGGCGCCGUCGAAUCUCCGGCGUUGUUGGAGGAAGACGGUGAUUACGCGGAAGUGAAAGGGUUUGAACAAGCGAGAAAGGUUUUCGCGAUUGAAACAGUGAGGAUAUGGAAAAUUGCAUUGCCGAUAGUUUUCAACAUUUUGUGCCAAUACGGUGUUAACUCUAUCACCAAUAUCUUCGUUGGUCAUCUCGGGGAUAUUGAACUCUCUGCUAUUUCUCUCAUUAACUCUGUCAUUGGCACUUUCGCUUUUGGCUUCAUGUUAGGUAUGGGGAGUGCGACGGAGACGCUCUGCGGUCAAGCUUUUGGAGCUGGACAAGUUCAAAUGCUUGGUGUUUACAUGCAACGGUCGUGGAUAAUUUUGUUUGUGACGAGUUUAUUCCUUUUGCCGAUAUACAUUUUUGCUGCUCCGAUUUUGAAACUUCUUGGCCAACAGAAGGAUAUGGCUGAUCUUGCUGGAAGUUUUGCACUUUUAGUAAUUCCUCAAUUUCUCUCACUUUGUUUCAAUUUUCCAACACAAAAGUUCCUUCAAGCUCAGAGUAAGGUUAAUGUCAUUGCAUGGAUUGGGUUAGUGGCUCUAAUUUCGCAUAUUGGCUUGCUCUGGCUCUUGAUUUAUGUAUUCGAGUUAGGCUUAACCGGUGCAGCGAUUGCAUUCGAUGUCACGAGUUGGGGAAUUACGUUGGCUCAACUUGUUUAUGUGGUGGGUUGGUGUAAGGAUGGAUGGAAUGGGUUGUCGUGGAUGGCUUUUAAGGAUAUAUGGUCCUUUGUUAGGCUAUCGAUUGCUUCGGCUGUUAUGCUUUGCCUUGAAGUUUGGUAUAUGAUGAGUCUCAUUGUUCUUGCUGGUCACCUUGAUAAUGCGGUGAUUGCUGUCGAUUCCAUCUCUAUAUGCAUGAAUUACAAUGGAUGGGAAGGCAUGAUCUUCAUUGGAGUAAAUGCAGCUAUAAGUGUCCGAGUUUCCAAUGAACUUGGACUUCGACAUCCAAGAGCUGCCAAAUACUCCGUCUAUGUGACAGUCAUUCAAUCUCUUUUCAUGGGAAUAUUCUUCAUGGGUGUUAUUUUGCUAACCAAGAACUAUUUUGCCAUCAUUUUUACCAAUAGCAAGACUUUGCAAGUGGCAGUUGCAAAACUAGGAGGUCUCCUUGCCGUCACAAUGGUUCUAAACAGCGUUCAACCUGUGAUUUCGGGUGUUGCUGUCGGAGGUGGAUGGCAGGCCUUGGUGGCUUACAUCAACAUAGGUUGUUAUUACUUAUUUGGGCUUCCGUUAGGGUACCUUCUUGGUUAUGUUGCAGAAUUGGGGGUUAAGGGACUUUGGGGAGGUAUGAUAUGUGGAAUUCUCCUCCAGACCUUGCUGCUCUUGGGGAUACUUUACAAAACCAAUUGGAACAAAGAGGUCGACGACACAACUGCACGCGUGCAGCAGUGGGGUGGACAAUCUGCAGAAGGUGACAAGACAUUGGCUUCUUCAUAA